AUGCAGCUCGUCGCGCGAGCCCUCCCGAAGCCAAAUGCGCAGCGUCUUCAUGUGCCCCAGCGGCGGCUUUUCUCAUCCAACAGUGGGAAACGGCCUAGGAGCAGCAGGGUCACAUGGUUUCAUAUUCCAGUCAGCCUUGGAAUUGGAUUCCUUGGCCUCAUCCAAUUCUACAAGGUCACCUCGAGGGAGAAGCAGAAAGAAUUGGAAGGGGGUGACGCCCCUCCAAAGAAACGGCCGAGAGUCCGGCUUGAAGGUCCUUGGCAAGUUCAAAUCAUGUCGACCCUUCCGCUCAAGGCGAUGUCGCGACUCUGGGGUCGCUUCAACGAGCUCACCAUACCCUAUUAUCUUCGUGUUCCCGGAUUCAAGCUCUACAGCUACAUCUUUGGCGUCAACCUGGACGAAGUUGCCGAACCUGACUUGCAUACCUACCCGAAUCUUGCUGCCUUCUUCUACCGAAAACUGAAACCCGGCUCCCGACCCCUCCACCCAGAUCAUCACAUGCUCCUGUCCCCAUCAGACGGUAAAGUCCUUCAAUUCGGGCAGAUCGAGGGAGGAGAUAUCGAACAGGUUAAGGGUAUGACGUAUAGCAUCGAUGCAUUGCUGGGUAAGAACACUCCCGUUUCAAGCAUUGCGAGCGGAUCUUCUGGAAAUGCGACUGGACAGCCUAGAGAGACCUCAAAGGACGAGGAGGUUGUCCGACGAGACGAGGAAUUCGCCAAGGUCAAUGGUAUCUCAUAUACACUGCCCGACUUGUUUUCUGGAUCCGGAAAGAAAGAAAACGUAUCAGACGAGUCAACAUCCGUCUCCCAGAGCACCGUCUCCGAGGUCCGUGCAGAGCUGGCACUCGGCGAGAAGCCCUGGUACGAUAUCCUGUCCCCAGAUAAGACUACUUCCCUCUACUACGCCGUUAUCUACCUCGCCCCCGGAGACUACCACCGCUUCCACUCCCCUACCAACUGGGUGGUUGAGCGCCGCCGCCACUUCGCCGGCGAGCUCUACAGCGUGUCGCCCUACCUUCAACGUACACUCCCCGGCCUCUUCACCCUGAAUGAGCGUGUCGUAUUACUCGGUCGCUGGCGCUGGGGUUUCUUCAGCUACAUCCCUGUGGGUGCCACCAACGUGGGCUCCAUCAAGGUCAACUUUGACAGAGAACUGCGCACCAACAGCCUCCUCACCGACACGGCCGCGGACCGUGCCGCCCAAGAAGCCCACGAGCGCGGCGAGCCGUACCUGGGAUUCGCUGAGGCGACAUACCAGAGCGCCAGCCCCGUCCUGGGCGGCCACGCCCUGAGAAGGGGUGACGAGAUGGGCGGAUUCCAGCUGGGAAGCACCAUCGUCCUUGUAUUCGAAGCCCCCUCAGAGAAGACGCUUCCCGACGGCAAGACAUCCGGCUGGGAGUGGAAGGUUGAGAAGGGGCAGACUGUGCGCAUGGGCCAAGCCCUCGGCCGUGUCAUUGACCAAGAUUAA